AACUCACUACAAUCACCAACAGUAGAGGCUGGGAAUAAAAUCAAAUCCUCAGUGAGAGAAACAUCUUGUUUCCGUCACAUUUGUUACAAACCUGGACCAGAAAUCUUUGAUCAUGCAAGUGGGAGUAAUUCAGAGAACUGCCUUGCUAGUGCUCUGCUGCUUGUUACUAUCAGCAUCAUCUUCCCCAGUCUACCCAGCACUGAAGUAAGUCAGAAUUUCAAAUAUUUAAUAUGUUUUUGCAACAGUAGCUUUUUGACUAUAUUAUCUAAUAGAUCAACUUUUUUUUUUUUUUUUUUUAAAAACAUUCAGUUUAAAGA